AUGUUUGUUCAUAUAUUCUCCUUCCUGUUUGGUGUAUUUGCAGUGAUCAUCUGUGCAAUAUACCUAUUCAUUCGUCUACUAGAGAUUCUAGAUGAUAAGACAGAGAAGGAGUAUAAACAGAUAUUGGCUGAUGCAAUAAAGAAGCAAAGUGAUAGAAGAACAGAUACAUCUAGGUUCAAUGCUGAGAAGAAGGGAAGGAUAUUCAUCAAGUCACCAGAUGCCUCAGAGACACAAGAAUGGUAUCAAUGUGUUCUAAAGACAAACAUGUUGUUCUUGUUUAAGAAUAGUGAUGAAUCAUCUGCAGCAGGCGUUAUAUGCUUCGAUGGAUGUACGAUCAGUGUUAUAAGGAACAAGACAUCAAAGUUCCACAAGAAGAAUGGUAUUAUUGUUACGAAUAAUGAGAGACUGUUGAUGUUCCACUCAAAGACAUUACACUUUUACUUUGAGAAUGGCAAGGAGCUGGAGACUUGGUUCUGGUUCCUCAAGGAGGCCGCCGCACUGACAAUCAAGAAGACGGCCGACGAGGACGCCUACAUGAAGCUGUGCCAGAAAUUCUUUGUAGAUCUGCCCAUUCGUGCACAUGUACCAAAGUAUCACAUUCAGUCCACGGGCAACAUGGGAGCGCCGCCCAUCACACCAGCAACCAGCACGCCAACAACUGGACAUCGCCGCUAUCCCUCCAGUGGCUCAUCGACUGCCUCCUCACCAAAGCUCUCACUCUCUCCAACCGAUUCACUGACACCAGCAUUGGAGGAGUCGAUUGUCAAGGAGAGGAAGUCACAUUCAUCGUUUGUGCCAUCGUCCAGUUCAUCAUCAUCAUCUUCUUCUUCACAGCCAUCAGUCUACUCAUCGACUAUUAUCACUGGCAACAACAACAACAAUAGUUCAUCGUCAUCAUCAAAUGGAAUGGCCGGUGGCAUGCUCGAAACACCAGAUCUAAACAGUACAGUGAUCAAGUAUGAUUGGUUCAAUGUACUUCUUGGACGCAUAUUCUUCAACAUGUACAAUUCAGAAAUGCUUCUCUCUCUAUUCGCAUCCAAGAUCACAAAGAAGCUGGACAAGAUCAAGAAGCCAUCAAUCCUUAAAAGCAUCACUCUCAAGAACAUCCACUUGGGACCCAACCUUCCCAUCCUUCAGAACUCCAACCUCUUGUUCGUUACACCAAAGGGUGAAGUUAGUGUCGACUUUGAUUUAGUAUAUCAUGGAGGAUUCACAUUGACUAUUAUGAUCGAGGUAUCAUUCUCAAUCAGGGGCAGAUCUAUGACCAUUCCUUUGGUGAUCUCAGUGUUGAUCAAAUCACUGCAGGGUAGGGUCAAUCUUCAACUGCUUCCACCACCAUCAAAGAGAUUCUGGGUCGGAUUCUACACGGAGCCUCAGUGUGAGUUGGAAGUGGACACGUCGAUCGGGCCAUCAAGGUCAAGCUACUUCAAUCUGCCCAAGAUUGCCAAGAUCAUCAUUAACAAGCUGAAGGCAGAGGUGUUUGAAAUGAUGGUGUUACCAAGUGCCGAGGACUUCCCAUUACCUGGUAGCAAGAAGAAGAAGGUCGAUGCUGUCGACCUUGCCACAACAACAUCAGCUACUGCGACCACUAACAACACAACUGCAGUCCAAGCGAACCCACAGACAGCCACUCAAUUCGCUGUUGGAAGUCCUAUAGACAGAUCAUCAGAGGCCAACCAUACUCCUCAGUUUAUUUAA